UUCGACUCCUUCACGCUUUUUUCCUCUCCGGAUUCGACGGAGAAAAUCCCAUUUCUACACCGCGGAAAUUCCUGCCACUCUCAUGCCGGAAGCCAUCGGAUUCCGGUGAAGCUCGUCGGAUUUCCAGCGACCUUUACGGCUCAAGCGAAGAAAUCUCCUACUAUAACUAACAUAGGAGACUUGAACUGCUCAGAAAUGGUUGGAAAGAGCUCUCGAAGAUUCUAGAAGUAAGCAGUACAGCCUUCUUAGAGUUCCGUCAUUUUCUGGUGAAGUUCGUCAGAUUUCCGGCGAUAUCUGCGUCUCAAAGGCAGAUCUCCCGCAAUAGAGAAUAUCGGCGAUUUUCACGGCUUGAAGAUAGAAAAGGAAAGAGCUCCGAUACCGUCCUGACGGAAUCCAUCAGAUUCCGAGCAGAUCGCCAUAUUUCCGGCGUUUCUCUAGCUUAAAAGCGUUCCAGAACCUGCUUCCAUACCUGGAGAUUCCCGUCAUUGUCCAACCGGAAAUCCGCCGAGAAAAUCAGCAGUAAAAGCUCCAGCUGUUUUUACAGCUUAAAAAAGAGAAGACGACAAAAAUCCGGAAUCCGUCAAAUUUCGAGCAGAUCGUCUGAUUUCUGGCGUUUCUCCAGCUUAAAAGAGAUCCAGAACCUUCUUCCACACCUAGAAAUUCCCGUCAAUUUCCAACCGAAAAUCCGCCAAGAAAAUCAGCAGUAGAAAGCUCUAGCUGUUUUUACUGCUGAAAAACGGAAAAGAUACGACAAAAAGCGGCUGUCUUGUUGAAAAAAGAGCAUUCGACAGCCACAAAACCAGAAGGAGAGAGAGCGAGCGAGCGGUGGCAUUAAUGAAAUGUAGGUGUAUGUAUUUGGACCGUCUUUUGAGUAGUCAAGGAGGGCAAUAACGGACUUUUCGAAAAGUGAAUAGCAAGUUUGAAUGCGAGCAUAUGGAAGAGAUUUGGGGGAAGAGAAUAGCAAAAGCAAAAGAGAUUUGCAGGUUUGUUCAGUAGCUCUGUAUUUUUGCAGUGGUGAAUUCUGUUGUUUCUGAAGGAAUCAGGGCUUUGAAAAUGCCAAAAUACGGAAUGUAGGCAGAGUUGGGGUUUUUGAAAUUGCGAAAUGUGGGGAGGGUUUUCCAAUUGAGGGGACGGUGGUUUGCUUCUACGUCGGAAUCUUCAGAAACAGAGAAAAGGAAGAAGGAAACGAAAGAGAAGAAGGUAGAAGUUUAUUGGUGAGGAUGGCGGAUGAAGAAGAAGAAAUGCGGUCCUUGGCAUUGACACCAACAUGGUCUGUUGCGGUCGUAUUGACGGUCUUUAUCGCCGUUUCUUUGCUUGUGGAGCGCUCUAUUCACCGUCUGAGCUCUUGGUUGCACAGGACCCAUCGGAAACCAUUAUUUGAAGCACUUGAGAAAAUGAAAGAAGAACUGAUGCUGCUAGGCUUUAUAUCCCUCCUCCUCACGGCAACGUCAGGCUUGAUUUCAAACAUUUGUAUCGACUCAAAGUUCUACAGUGGCAAAUUCUCUCCAUGUACCAAGGCUGAGCUUGAAGAAGAUCCUCCAGAAGACGAGAAGAGUAAACAUGGGGAACGUAAACUGUUCACAAGUUCUAUCAUUCAUCACUCAUUGAGGAGGGCAUUGGAGGGUCUGAGUCAGAAUAGUUGUAAAAAGGGUCAUGAACCAUUUGUUUCAUAUGAAGGUUUGGAGCAGCUUCAUCGGUUCAUCUUUGUUAUGGCGAUAACACAUGUAUCUUAUAGCUGCUUAACAAUGCUGCUGGCAAUUGUGAAGAUCCAUACUUGGAGGAACUGGGAGGAUAAGGCUCACAGGGAUCAGGAUGACUUGUUAGGUAACAUCACCAGAGCAUUGACGCUGAAAAGGCAAUCAACGUUUGUGAAAUUCCACACUUCAAAUCCCUGGAGCAGAAAUAGAUGUCUUGUUUGGGUGACUUGUUUUUUCCGCCAAUUUGGCCAUUCGGUGGUGCGCGCUGACUAUCUUACACUCCGUAUGGGUUUCAUCAUGAACCACAACCUUGUGCCAAAAUAUGAUUUCCACAGCUAUAUGAUUCGCUCUAUGGAAGAGGAGUUCAAAAUGAUUGUUGGUGUGAGUGCACCACUUUGGGGAUUUGUUGUUGCUUUCAUGUUGUUUAACAUAAACGGAUCCAAUCUCUAUUUCUGGAUAGCCAUUAUUCCUGUCACUCUUGUUCUUCUGGUGGGUGCAAAAUUACAGCAUGUCAUUGCAACCCUAGCAUUGGAAAAUGCUGGCAUAACCUCGACCUUCCCUGGUACAAAGUUAAGGCCCCGAGACGAUCUUUUCUGGUUUAAAAAACCAGAACUGCUGUUAUGCUUAAUACACUUUGUCCUGUUUCAGAAUGCAUUCGAGUUGGCUUCGUUUUUCUGGUUCUGGUGGCAGUUUGGGUACAAUUCGUGCUUUAUUAGAAAGCAUUCGCUGGUAUACACGCGACUGGUUUUGGGGUUUGCUGGGCAGUUCCUUUGUAGCUAUAGCACCUUGCCUCUAUAUGCUCUGGUGACUCAGAUGGGUACAAACUACAAAGCCGCACUGAUUCCACAGAGAAUACGAGAGACGAUGCAUGGAUGGGGAAAAGAGGUGAAGAGAAAGAAGCGGAGGCAUGGUGUUGUGACUGAUUCAUCGACCAUACGCACAGAGACUAGCACAAUCUGCUCAAUCGAAGAAGACGAGCAGCAACUGCUUGAACUUGAGCCUGCGGAUUCUCGCAUCGAGAUUGAGUUACAGCCAGAUUCUACCACUGCUGAUCCAUCACCGGUUGGCACUGAGAAUUCAAGUAGGAUAGGGACACCUCUCCUUCGGAGCUCCGCUUCUGUCUCAUCUGGAGCCAGCUCGAAUGCUCAGAGAGAUGAAAUUCAGAGAUCGAUGUCCAUGCCAGCAAACAGACAUUGAAAGAAGUGAUAUCAGUUUUGUUAAGGCUCCGUUUGGACAUGCUAUUCGGUUGACUUGCAAUAGCUUGUCGAUAGAGAGGAAACGACUAAAUUGCAGUUAGGUAACUUUCUAGUCCAAAUCGAAAGCAACACAAAUUGCAAUUCAGAGCAUUCUCAAAUGAUUGCAAUUGCAAUUUGGUCAAGUCUACCGUAUUGAAUUAAUUUGCGCAAUCCAACCCAAUAACAAAUCCAAACACGGCCUAUCGUUUCUUUAAAGAAACUACAAUGUUAGUGCAUAGAUAUGUAUAGAAAAGAAAUGGUAUAACAGGUUUUUUGAGUUUUUUUUUUUUUUUUUGGUUUAACAACAUCUGCCCCUCUUUUCUUAAUGAAAUUGAAAAGAAAGGAAAUAUAGUUAUUGAAUCUGGCUUAUUUUUCACUUUAGUC